CCGUACAGUACCGGUUAGACAGCCACGCCAAGUGGCCAAGUGCUGUGAGCUUACCUGUGAGAGGAGCUGCUCCUUCUAUACGCGACUAGUCUCCAGCCCUCGUCCUGGUCAUGUUCGCGUGAGUCCUUCGCUAGCUGCCAGGACCUCCUAUUUCUCUCGAUCUGUCAGUGAUCUGGAAAUGACCGGUGGUGGUACCAAUAUGGCGUACCACGGUCUCAGUCAGCACGUGAACUUCGACGUGAUACCAGAUCCUGGCGAUCGUUUCGUUUUGGAGGAAUUAAUCGGUGAAGGGACCUACGGAGAGGUCUACAGCGCACAUUGCAAUCAAACUGGCAAUAAAGUGGCAAUUAAGAUUCUGGAGAACGUCGCGGACAACAUCGAGGAGAUCGAGGAGGAGUACUUAGUGUUGAGAGACCUAAGCCAUCAUCCGAACAUUCCGCUCUUCCACGGCUUGUUCUUGAAAAGAGCAAAGCCUGCUCAGGAAGAGGACCAAUUAUGGUUCGUCAUGGAGUUGUGUACCGGAGGUUCCGUGACCGAUCUUGUCCAAGGUCUGAAAAGAAAAGGAAGACGCCUAUCGGAUGACCAAAUAGGUUACAUCCUGAGAGAAACGGUGGAGGCGCUGAUUUAUUUACACAGCAAUCACUGUAUGCAUCGUGACGUUAAGGGACACAAUAUUUUGCUCACUGACGAUGCACACGUUAAACUGGUUGACUUUGGCGUGUCUUCGCACCUCGUUGCCACUCUUGCGAGGAAAAAUACCUCGGUUGGCACGCCAUAUUGGAUGGCACCUGAGGUGAUAGCCUGCGAGCAGCAACUGGAUUCCUCUUACGAUUCUCGAUGCGACGUCUGGUCAGUUGGAAUCACCGCGAUUGAGUUAGCAGAGGGUGACCCACCUCUCUCUGAACUGCACCCCAUGAGGGCGCUCUUUCAAAUCCCUAGAAAUCCACCACCAUCCCUGAAGAAUCCCGACAUACAUUCUCCAGAGUUGAUGGACUUCAUCACGGAGUGCUUAGUUAAAGACCUCGAGCACAGACCUUUCGCCAGCGAGCUAAAAGAACACCCUCUAUUGAUGAACGUCGAGUCAAGCGCGGAGAAGAUUAGGCUCGAUUUGCAAGAGGAGAUCCGACGGCAGAAAACCGAUGGCAGAGUUCACAGACAACCCGAAGUAACGACCAAGCACGGGAAAUUGAAGACUGAUCGAAAAGCUAGACCAGAGAAGAUGUACAUGGAUGAUCUAGCUGCUUUAGACAUGCUGUCCGAAGAUGGGAUUGUCGAUCAGUUGCAACACAGAUACGAACAAGCUCAAAUAUAUACUUAUAUUGGAGAUAUACUUGUUGCUGUUAAUCCGUUCACAAAUCUGGGUCUAUACACGGGCAUCGAGCAAAAGAGAUACAAAGGCCAAGCUAGAUCAGACAAUCCACCUCACAUUUUCGCAGUCGCCGAUGCCGCGUACCAAGCGUUGCUACAUCAGCGACAGAAUCAAGCGAUCGUGAUUAGCGGAGAAUCCGGGGCAGGGAAAACGGAAAGCGCGAAUCUGCUGUUGAAGCAGUUGGUUUACCUCAGCAAAGCGCCAAACCGUAAUCUAGAAGAGAGGAUUCUUCAAAUAAAUCCAAUAAUGGAGGCUUUUGGUAACGCGACUACCGGAAUCAAUGCAAACUCGUCGAGAUUUGGAAAGUACUUGGACUUGACUAUGACCAAAGGUGGCAAAGUCACUGGUGCCAGAAUAUACGUAUAUUUGUUGGAACAAUCUCGAGUAGUAGCCCAAGCCGAAGGUGAACGUAAUUUUCAUAUAUUUUAUUAUAUGUACGAUGGGUUGGAGGCAGACAAUCGUCUCUCGGAAUUCUACCUGGACUCAAACCUGCGAAAGCAUCAUCGAUACCUGACAGAUCACAGCCAAACAUCUCAAACGCAUAUCGAUAAAUUCCAGCAAUUAAAGGUCGGUUUUAAACUGCUUGGAUUUCAAGAUAGCGAAGUGGAUAUAGUAUAUCGUAUCCUGGCUGCGAUACUUCAUCUGGGUGAUAUCGAAUUCGGCGAAGUGGCCAGCGAGGAUAAUACAGACAACAAAAGCCGCGUGAUCGAUGCAGCACCUUUACGCAGAGUUUCACAGUUGCUCGGUGUGGAGGAAACUGAUCUUUUGGAGGCAUUGACAUCGAAUUCGGUUAUGACCAGAGGAGAAACAAUCACUCGAAAUAAUACGGUAGCCGAGGCGUGUGCGGCCAGGGACGCAAUGGCAAAAGGACUGUAUGGUCGGUUAUUUGAUUGGAUGGUCAAUCAAAUCAACUGCUUGCUAUGCUUUAGUCGUUCACCAAACUACGAACCGCUGGCAAUCGGUCUGCUUGACAUAUUCGGCUUUGAAAAUUUCCCGAGAAACUCCUUCGAACAACUGUGCAUCAACAUCGCCAAUGAACAAAUACAAUAUUAUUUCAAUCAGCAUAUCUUCACUUGGGAGCAACAGGAGUAUAUGGCAGAAGGGAUACCUGUAGAUUUAGUCGAGUUCUCGGAUAACAGACCUGUUCUGGACAUGUUACUGAGCAAACCUAUGGGACUCUUGGCUCUGUUGGACGAGGAGAGCCGAUUUCCUCGAGCCACUAACAAAUCCCUAAUUGAGAAAUUUCACAACAACAUCAAGUCGAAGUUCUACGUGAGACCAAAAUCAGACGCAGUUUGUUUCGCCGUUCACCAUUUCGCAGGACGCGUGGUUUACCAAGCGGAAGGCUUCUUGGAAAAAAACAGGAAUUUCCUGCCUCCUGAAGUCAUUCAACUGGUUAGGCAAUCACAAUAUGACAUGGUCCGUUUCUUAUUCCAAUGUCCAAUCACGAAAACUGGCAACCUCUAUUCAGCUGUCCAUGACACUGAUUCAAGAAAGUUGUCACAAUCCAAUCAGAAUACAAAGGAACGUUACUCGAGCCGAGGACUAGCGUCGCAAUCAAGAGCUCAGCAAACUGUAGCGACUUACUUCCGGUACUCUCUAAUGGACUUGCUGCAAAAGAUGGUGUCCGGAUCGCCUCAAUUCGUACGAUGCAUAAAACCAAACGACUCUAAGAGUCCACGAUUCUUCGAUAAAGAGAAAGUCGUGAAGCAAUUACGAUACACUGGCGUUUUGGAAACAAUAAGGAUCAGACAAAAUGGAUUCUCGCAUAGAAUACCAUUCAAUGAAUUCUUGAAAAGGUAUUGCUUCUUAGCAUUUGGCUACGACGAACGUGUAAUAGCUAAUCGCGACAAUUGUCGUCUUCUACUCAUCCGCUUGAAAAUGGACGGCUGGGCAUUGGGUAGAACAAAGGUUUUCUUGAAAUACUAUCACGUCGAGUUCCUGUCGAAGAUGUACGAGGAGCAGUUGAAGAAAAUCAUUAUGGUUCAAGCAUGUAUUCGUCGAUGGCUUGCUAAGAUCAGAUUCAAGAAGCAAAAAUGGCAAUUCGCGGUGUCUGUUGUGACACUUCAGCGUCAUAUUCGUGGAUGGUUGUCGCGGAAGCAUUUCCUGGAAGAGAUGAAGAAGAAACACGAAGAGGAAGAAGCAACUGUUCUACGAAAAGCGCUGGAAGAACAGAAAGAAAGGGAGAAGGUUGAGGAGCUGACAGAAGAAGAUGAAGAGGAAGAGAAAGAGGCAUUAAAGGAAGAUGAUGCUGCAGUCAUCAUCCAAAGCCAUUUUAGAGGAUACAGCAUUCGCAAACGCUUCGGACCUGAGCUCGAAGAACGUUUCAAGUCUCUCUUGAACAACUACGAUGACAAAUUCGAGGCACACAAAGCGUUGCUGCGCGAGGGUUUGAAGAACGAGGAAGCAGCAUUCAUCGUUCAACGAUGGUACAAGAAGGAGGAAAGGAUCAAGAAGAGGAAACCACCAACGAAAGAUCCAGUACAUCAUAAAUUAAGACAAGCUGACCUCAUACAAUUCUCUCAAAACGUUCACAUGAAAAACCAAGAAGUACACAAGAAUCUGCGCCACAAUAAACCUGGCGUACGAUUAAAUGAGAUAGAAGAAUCACCACCGGAUUAUGUUCGACCCGAAGGAUUCAACAUGGUGCAGCCAAUCAUGCAAUAUCGAAGUGGCAAUCAAGUGGACGGAGAGGAGACCAUUAAGUACUAUCGAGACUUGAAGGACGAGAUGAGCAGUGGUUCGGACUUCGAAGAAGAAGAAGCUGGCUGGGACUUACCGUUGAUACAGCUAGAAAAUGACCUUCACCCAUUGACGAGGAGUCGAAUGGGCCAGAUUCUGGAAGUGAACACCGAGAGGAGAGAACGUUUGCAAGCUCAGGGGGACUUUGCGAUAGCUUCGGAGCAACAACUCUCGGAUAUAUGGCACAAAGCUCUGAGAAAUCCGAGCGAGGACCAGCAAGAGAACUCGGGCAGAGUGGGUACAAGGACUAAUUACGUGCUUCGAAAUGACCUGCGGUCCUCUGAAGGAUACCCGCACCGUAAGCAACCUGCAGUCGACUCUUCAAAUCUCAACCAUUCAAAUGGCCUACGAUUCAGAUACAUCAACAGACACGCCAGUGUAAAUGAACGUCAACAACCCCUUGCUGGUCAGCAGCGUAUCGCAAAUGGGCACCCUGUUCAUCAAAACGCGUUUAAGGGAAGCUCGAAUUUCGCAAACGGACAACUAGCGUUUGUUAAUGGACACGUUCCUUCAAAUAACAAUUACAGUUCCGCGAACGGACACGAGAUUACAAUUAAAGGCCAUGCAAACUCGGUUAAUGAACAUUCAUCGGAUCACAAUGCAGCCAAAUUUAAUGGCCGAGCACUUUGUAGUAAUGGAUAUCGAAAUAUCAUCAGUGGUUGUCAGGAUGGCCUGUUUAUCAAUAAAAUGGUCAUGGGGGAUGAUCUGGUCAAGCCGUCAAGAUUAAGCAAUGGCGCGAAGAAAAGUCAAAAUGGCCGUGUGAAAGAAAUACAGCCAACGAAGGAGAAUGAUAAUCUGAAGAAACAUGUUCAGGCCGGUGUAGAUAAUAAGAAAGGAAUCGAGAGGUUGAUUAACUGUCAGAACGUCAUUAAUGGACGAUUAUGUGCAAGAAAAGAAUUGGGGAAAGAUACUUUCGGAAUUCCAGUUAAUCUUAGACAAAUCCUUAAACCCACAGUCGUUCAGAAGCGACAGGAGAUCCUUAAGGUAGAUUAUGAUCCAGAAGAUAUCAAUGGACCGUAUAACUUUAGACAGCUGUUGAGACCAGCUGAGUAUCUUCCUACAGAAUCUUUGAGAAAAAGGAAAGGCGGCUUAGCUUGCAACGGAGUUUCUGCAUCAAAGGAUAAGGUCCCUGAGAAGCACGUGAAAAGAAGAGCGCCACUGGCACCAAAUCAAAAUAAAUUUGUUAACAUGAAGAAGUAAUGUUAACCGACAUCCUUGAACGUUGAAAUUUUCUUAAGGACGUUCUACGAAUAUUCCAUGAGCACUUAUCGUUAGACAAAGUAGAAUAAGUAUUGACCGUGUAUUCGAAUAGCAUAGGAAAGAUGAAUGAUGUUCAUAGGAAAGAAAUAUAAGCACAGAAAUGAUUCAGGGCGGUUUAAAAGAGAUUUGAGAUUAAAAAACUGUGCAAAAGGUCCACAGAGAAAAGUUCAUACUAGUUGCAAGCAGUUUUAAUUACAUGAUCAAUGGUAACUAAAUUUUCUAUCUCUACAAGACAAAUUAUCACUGAUCAUAUUGGAGCUUUAUUUUCUGUUUUUAUUGUCAGUAUUAUUAUCACGAAAAGAUAAAGACGCGCGAGUCAUAUUAUUUGACGAAUUAUGUAUUAAGCUACGAGUGAUAAUUUGCAGCAUUGUGAGAACUGAUUAUUUUUCGUUUCACUUUGUGGAUACCAGUUACUUGCGAAAUUUUGAAUCUUCGUUUUAAACAU